AUGAAGCUUGAUGGGACGGGCCUUGCACAUACAAGUGAGGCUGGGCAUCUACAAGUCUUUGGUCCUGUUCUCUUUGAUCACUACUUUAACAACCCCGAAGCUACGAAGGCCUCGUUUAGUCCAGACGGAUGGUUUGAGACAGGGGACUUGGCAUAUAUUGAUGAGAAGGGAAAUCUCAACCUAACGGGUCGAACCAAAGACACAAUCAUCGUGAAUGGUGUCAAGUGGAGCUCAACUGAGAUUGAGACGGCAAUUGAGGAGGAAGGGAUCAUUGGGCUUGUCCCUUCUUAUACGGUGGCGUUUCCUCACAGGGCACCUCACUCCGCGACAGAAGACAUCUGUGUUGUCUACUCGCCUAACUACCCCGCCGAUGACGACGCUCUGCACUUUGAGACGUCGACUGCUAUUUCCAAGACGGUCUCCCUCAUAUGUGGAAAAAGGCCAGAUCAUCUUAUCCCAUUGCCCGUGCAACUACUAGAGAAGUCAUCUCUCGGCAAAAUUUCCCGCGCCAAAGUCCGUGCUGCCUUUGAGAAGGGAGAUUAUGCCUCGUUCCAAUUACAUGACGCAGAAGCGCUUGCACGCCAUCGAGCGAGCAUAUGGCAAGAUGCUGAGACGAAGACUGAGAAGGUGCUACAGGAUACUCUAGCCAGAUUACUCGAGAUAUCCUCUGCAGAUAUCAGUAUGAAGGCUUCCAUCUUCGAGCUGGGAGUGGAUUCAUUCAACCUGAUCACCUUGAAAGCCAUGCUUCAGAAAGCUAUUGAUAUCGACAUCGAUAUUCCCAUAUCGGUUCUUCUUACAGAGCCAACUAUUGCUUCUAUAUCCACCGCCAUUGACUCGCUGCUUUCCAAACCUGUCGUGUAUGACCCCAUCGUUCCCUUACAACUCCACGGUACCAAGACACCUCUCUUCUGUAUUCAUCCUGGGUCAGGCGACAUCCUUGUUUUCAUUGCAUUGGCCGCUCACUUCUCCACGCGGCCCGUCUACGCCAUUCGUACACGUGGUUAUAACCCCAAUGAGCGCCUGUUCACCUCCAUACGGGAAACGGCCGACACCUACGCGGCGCACAUUCGUAAGACACAGCCUGAGGGGCCCUACGCUAUUGCUGGCUAUUCAUUAGGCUCAACCCUUGCGUACGAAGUCGGCAAGGUGCUCGAGGCGCAGGGACAAGAGGUCAAGUUCCUUGCUAGUAUUGAUUACCCGCCACAUAUCAGGCACUACAUCAAAGGGCUGAACUGGAUCGAUGUCCUUCUGCACAUUGCAUUCUUUCUCGAGCUGAUUGAUGAGGUAACUAUGGUAGACAUCACUCCCAAACUCCAUGGCAUGGCUACCAGGGCCGACGCACUGGCCUACAUUCUGGAGAUUAGUGACAAAGAGCGCGCCACAGCGUUGGCAAUUGACUCCCCCAAGCUAGAACUCAUCAGCGAUAUUGCUGAAAAUUUCAGGGUGAAUGUGGAGACAUAUGAGCCCGUGGGUCAAGUCGAGAACUUGGAUGUUUUUGUGGCAGAUCCGCCUACAUACGCAGCGGAUGGGCGUAAGGAUUGGCGAGACAAUAAGCUAGGCAAGUGGACCGAUUUUAGUCGCACAGAGACCAUCUUCUGGGACUGUCCAGGGAUUCAUGCGAAGAUGCUAAAUACCCAACACAUGGCGGACUUCGCAAGGAUUUUCAAAGGCGCGAUGAAAAGAAGGGGUGUUUAG